UACAGACUAAAGAGACUAACUGUUUGUAUCAGUUGGAGGGAAGUAAGCAGCCUGAGAGAUGAACACUGCACCUUCACCACUAUCACUGAACACCUUAAACCAGCUGCAGCAGCAACAGAACCAAAUCAUGGUUCCAAUUGGUCCACCACCGCCACUGCCACUGAACCUACCUUGUGGACAGCUAUUUGAAGGAAGUAGAGAAGACUACAUCAAGAUUGGUGCUCCUCUUUUUGAAGCAUCAAUCAAAGGAGACUGGAAAGCUGCUAAAGCUAUCCUCGAGAAAAAUCCAGAGAUGGUGCGGUUUGCUAUCACCAAAAAUUUUGAUACCCCACUUCAUAUUGCAGCAUCUGCGCAAUCGACCAUGGCUGUGGAAGCGUUUGUGGAAAAUCUACUGGACAUGAUGGAAAGGAAAGAUAUUGAAUUACAAAAUAAAAGUUACAAUACUGCCUUCAUUUUAGCAGUUACCGCAGGAAAUGUCAGAACAGCAAAGAUGAUGUUGCAUAAAAAUAAAGCCGUGCUGGAAAUCCCUGGUAGUGAUGGAAUGAUGCCACUCUAUGUGGCUGCUCUAUUUGCAAGAGAUGAGAUGGUGAGGUAUCUCCAUGCUAACUCCAAUAACAUGUCUAGUGAUUUUUGGACAAAUGAGAAUCGGGGUUGGGUUCUCCUAAAAUGUGUUGAAGCAAAUAUCUUUGAUGUUGCUCUACAAAUAGUGAAUGAAUGCACCCAACUCACCACUGAUAAGAGAAUACUUCGUGAUGUACUCUUACUUUUGGCUCAGAAGCCUGAAGCAUUCAUAGAAAGGAAACCAAAUAAUAUUAUCUUGAGAAUCGCGAAGUCAAGUAAGCAUCUGUUCCUUAGUCUAAUAUCUCUGUUUUAAUCCUCUUUUAAUGUGUGAACGCUUUUAAGCUGGUUGUUUUCGUGUGCUUAAAAUUAGUUUUUGUGUGAUGC